CUUACACCCAUGUCUAAAUCCCCCACAGUCUAUCUCGCUCAUUUUCUCGGUAUCCUCUGGGCGUAUCUUGUUUCUCUUGUAUCCUUGCGUCGCCCGGUCCGACACGACAAUAUCGCAUUACCUACGACCUCGCCGCGUCCUCCAGAACCGAGCACAUUCGGAUCUCCAGCUGCAGCGAUACACGUACUGGAUCCCUGGCAACGCGACAAGCAAGAUUUCCUACGACGGCCGAGUCUGCUCAAGGCGAGCGCCAGCCCCGCGUGGGUCAAAGGACAGAAACUCAAAGCUCAGUGGACAUCGCGCAAGAAAUCAAGUGUCAGCAGCAAACGUACGCAGAGGACAUCAGUAUACCCCCCGCCGCCGGAGAUCUACGUGCAAGACUGGAGUUCGGUGACCGUCAACAUGGAUGAUCUCUUCCACAGUCCUGAGCUCCUGCCUAAAUCUGAAGCGCCUCUGCAAGUCGAGCAGACGUCUGUGCCUGAGAUCUCUCCUGCGCCCUCUGAAGAAUCUGCCGACAUCGCGGAGGUUCUGACUAUCUACACGACCGACCAUCCUGAACCCGAGCUCGCCUGUUCACUGGACUUGCCCAUCUACUCUCCAGGCGACAUGUUCUCUGCUGCUGGCGAUGGCUCGUUCUGCGAUCCCUUCGCAUCGCAAGUGACCUCACCUUCGAUCCCACUUCCAGCCACCUGCCCCACGGUGACUGUUCACUCUGAGACAGGCAAGACGGUCCCGGUCCCGCUCGCUAUGCCCGGCUCUGGAGAGAACUCCCACGUCCCGUAUGUUGAUAUCUUCGACCUGGACAUGUAUGCCAACAGGAUGACGGGCCAUGCUCAACCAGUCUGUGGGUCUAAUGUACAAGACGGAUGUCGCAGUGCCUCGUUCUCUGUCACUCUUCCCCCGUCCCCUCAACGGUCUCCUCUGGCAUCCGUUACGAAUGCUAACCUAGAUGAGAGGAAGCACAAGAACGAUUGCGGGUCCUGGUUCGAGGAAACGAGUCAGGGAAGCAUCAAUACUCAAUGGCUUGUAGCAUGAUCUGAAUCAGCAGGAGCUUGACUCGACCGUAGCUGUCUUCUAUGGAUCGAGACGUGUUGUGUCAAGUCUGUCCGCCGGAUCGCACACACACCACACGGUCCAUAAAUCGUCCAACCGCACCUAUAUCCAUUACAAUACUCGGUAUAAGAUCCACCUGCAACGUCAAUGUUCGCGAGCGACGGGAUCUCGUCGUCAGUGUAGAUCUUGAACUUGGUGGCCGGGACGCCCUCGAAGGCGGCGGCGAAUCGCUCGGCAGUGUUGUUUGCGCCAUCGACUUGUCGGAUCCAGGCGCAGGCAAUGAAGUCUCCGUAUUUGCGGAUGCUAUAGCGGCCAAGGUCUCGGGAUCCUUCUGCGUCGAGUCUCCGAUGGUCAAGAACUUCUUGCCCGGGUACAUUCCCUGGAUACGGUCGAUCAUGGCAGACUUGUACUCAAAGAUUCCGUUGCUCUGCACACGCGGAUCAUCAGCAUCUGGGUCCUUCAGUCCAGACACACGCAGAAGACGAACCUGAGCAAAGUUGAUGAUGUCCUGGAUGUUCGUCGUCGUCAGGUUCUGCAGCAUGAUCGGUCCGUUGGAAGCAGAGUACGUCGUCGAGAUGAAGUCCCGCAGGAAGGGGUACAGCUGGAACGGCGAGCCAGAGACGUAGACGAAUUGAGGGGAGUUGAGCGACUUGGCGAGCGACGCGUAGAGCUCGGGCAUGCCCGUCACAGGCACCGGCGUGUCGAUCAGCGUCGUUUGCGCAAGUUGCAGCUUGUCGAGCGUGUGCGAGACCUUGACCGUGUCGUCAAUGUCUACAGUUCUAUGAGCACCAAUUCCGAGCACGGAACAAUCAACGACAUACCAGAGAUGACACCAAAUCCGCUGUUCGACGACGGGAACAUGCGGCGUCUCCGCUCGCACACGCUCCGACGGAGACAUUCUGGAUCGCCAUUCCCCCCGAAGCCGUCGAGGGAAGCGUCGCCGGCUGCGCACAUCCGUCUACGUUGACAGUCACCGCUUUGCCCGAAAGCCCGAGCGUGGCAAACAGCGCGAGCCGGCCCGUGACGGUGUCCGCCGUGCUCGAGCUGACGUUGAGCCCGAUCGCCUUCAGGGCGCUCGUGACGCCAUCGAUGAGCGGAGAGAUGCUGACCUCGCGCGUCGACGCGUAGGCUUGCAGCUGAACGAGUGUGUUUCCGGGGUUGGCUGGGUCAUCGAAGGCCGGGGCAUCAAAGACAAGAACAUCGUCAAGUGCGUUAAUCGAAGACCGUUCAGCGGGGGGUGCGUAUCCGCGCGGCAAAGCGUUGACCGAUGCGAAAGCAGCGAAGGAGAGAAGGAAAGAAGUCUGGCGCAUCUUUGCAAAGAAAGGAUCGGUUGUCGAAUGAAUAAAGAGGGAAGCAGGGGAGAAAUAAACAAGAAAGCGCAGCUGCUCAGCAGAUGAAUGGAACGAAUGAAUACCGUGACCCUGCGCGUCUCUUAUUAAAUCCACGCGGAUCCCGUAACUUGUAAGCCUCGGAAAGAGCAGAAGUCCAUCACCGCAUGCGAAUUCUCGGUCACAGGUUGGUCGUGAUAUCAACAUUGACAGGAUCGUCUGUCUUCCCCAGCAACCAGUCGUGCGUAUGCACAUCAGGGCCUCAUAAACACAUGCAGAAGGUGAUCAGGAUGGAAAAGCGGAGUCCGAUGAGCGUCUGGCGAGCGGGGUCACGGUGCAGGCAACGUGAGGAGGAAGUCCAGUAGUCCUGAUGCACACAUGCUUCAUGAUUUGGACGACGAAUCGAAGACCACGAAGGACUGGCCAGCAGAAAUCGAGGUUGGCAAUGGAUUCCGGACUAUUUCGGAUGAUAUACAUAGGUCGUGGAUCAGCAGCAGGAAGAUGAAGGAACUGGCGAUUGUGA